ACUCGCCUAGGGUGCUGAAUGCAGCAGCGGCGGCGGAGAGAGCUGAGAGCCGAUUCUCUGCUCCAGGAACCUUGCUUCCAGACCUCGGACGGUCAGCUUACCGCCUGCCACCUCCCUUCCAGCACCACCCCUUUGGGAACUGAGCCAGGGGGGCAGCAGUCGCGGCGGGCGGGUGCUGAGCAACGGCGGAAGACGAGACAACACCUGGCAGCAGCCUGGAAUCUGAUUUGCUUCCUCUCGCCUUUUCAAAGAGAUAUAUUUAUACAUGGUUUUGGGGGAGUCUCGAGGACCCAGCAGGAGCCAAGUGCUGGCUACCUCCCACCUCGGCCACGCUGCUUCGUUCCCCUCUCCCCACCCUUAGCUGGUACUGCAAACAAGCCUUACCUCGUUGCUUCUACGAAGAGAGGUAGCAACAGCGAGCCCAGCCAGCCAGCCAGAGGCAGAGGAGAGGAGGGAGGGGUUGGAGGGGGGGCGCGCAGAGAGCCGACCGAGGCCGCCCUUGGUGGGGGUAGCAGGGGCAGAGCUGCCGUGAAGACCCGGCAGCCGCCCUUCUCCGCCUCCCCUCUAGAAGCGCUCUUUCCUGAUUAUUUGAGAACCGAAUUGUUCUUAUUUCACUAGUAUUAUUUCAUUUUUUAUUACCCUUACUCCUCACUCCCCAGCCGCCCCCACCCCUACGCCUGCCUCGCCUCUGGUUGCAUGGCAGCGCUGCCUGGGCGCGGGGGCUCAGAGCUGGCCCCUCGGGAAGGAGGAGGAGGCGGAGGAUCAUGAAGCCGGGAGUCUUGGCCGCGUCGGACGGCGAGCUGCAGCCAGAGGACGAGCCGGAGCGGCCCCCGCCCCGGAGACACCCGGACGCCACCGACAAGCAGUCGCCGCCACCGCCACAGCAGCAUCGGUGGCCGCGGGCAGAUCCGGAAAGAGAGGAGGGCGACAGCGGCCCAGAGGAGCAACCCGAGAAGGCGAGGCCACUCACCCGCCCGGACCUGCCCUUCUACCGCCCCUUGCCCCUCGCCCCAAGGGACCUUUGAUGGAGCCAGGGAAGGGGGCCGAGGGUUUACAGACUGCCAUAGGGCUGGGCAGGGGGUUCUGAUCAUGUAACUACUCCCCCUAGUUCCCUCCCACACACACGCCCCUCUUCUCUACCCCUUAUCUCUGCUCCACUGCCUCCCACUCCCCAAACACACACCCUUCCUCUAGCCAGGAUCUUAACGCUCAGGAAGGAGGUGGCUCUGCAAGGGUUAAACGAUCUUUUCUGUUUUUCCCUUUCUUUUCCCCGUCCCCAGUCCCUGAUUUUCCCACCUCUUUUUUCCUAAUUGGCUUUCCCCUCUUCUGUGCAGCCCUUCCGCUGCAGAGGCAAAGCACAAGCCCCUUGCCCAGUAUCACCUGGAUCUCUUCCCCACCACCCACUGCUCUCUUAAAAGCAACUCUGGUGCUUCUGGAGGUUAAUUGCCCCAGUUUUCUGCCCAGGAGAAUUAAAACUUCUCCCAACCUCCUCUCUUCCCCUCCUCACCGCCCCCAGGCCCUCAAAACCAACCUCCUACUACCUAAGGAAAACUCUCUUUUCUCUCUAGCACAUGCAGUCCUCAAUUCUUCACUGAGCUAGUUUGCUCUAAGCCCAGCUCAGUCCACUCCAAAUUUUAUUGAUAACCUUCCUCACCCUUUUAUAUGAAGAAAUUUCCCACUGCCUGGGAAUUUGAGAAAAACCCAAUAAGCCUCUUCCCAGGGAACUUUCUAACAGUCAGGCUUUGAUCUCAAGGCCCUAACAGCCCAUCCUCAACUGUUUUUCCUAGCCCCCUGCCUGUACCAGUGCUACCGGGUCAAAAGCAAAGAGGGAGAUAUGCUGAAAGCUUAAGGUUUGGGUAGAGGUAGGAGGGGCAAGACAAUUUUUUGUUGGGCUGUCCAGGUAGAGUUCAGGACCAGUGACUCUCAGUUGCCAGUCCCGGGAGUCAUUUAUUUGCUACUUGGAGGGGAUGUAAGAGGAGUCAGCAAGAACGAAGACUCCCUCCAUCAUAACACAGAUACACUGUGGACCCCCAGACCAUCCUAUCCUCUGCAAAGACUCCACCUGCCCCUGCUGGGCUCUCUGCUUCCACUGGGCACAUGCUGAUGCCCCUGAGUGGGCUGCUCUGGUGGUGGUGGUGCUGCUGUGCCUGGUACUGCUGUGGAUUGUGCACCCCAGCUCCCCAGAUGUUGCGCCACCAGGGUCUACUCAAGUGCCGCUGCCGUAUGCUCUUCAAUGACCUGAAGGUUUUCCUCCUGCGGCGCCCCCCUCCAGCGCCCCUGCCCAUGCACGGGGAACCCCAGCCCCCUGGUUUGGCGGCCAACAACAACACCCUUCCGGCUCUGGGUGCCGGGGGGUGGGCAGGCUGGAGGGGCCCUCGAGAAGGGGUGAGCAGGGAGACCCCUCCCCUGCCACCUCCACCGCCUUUGCCACCUUCUGUGGAAGAUGACUGGGGUGGCCCAGCCACAGAGCCACCUGUCUCGCUGCUCAGCAGUGCCUCGUCAGAUGACUUCUGUAAAGGGAAGGCUGAGGAUCGCUAUUCACUGGGCAGCAGCCUGGACAGUGGCAUGAGGACCCCACUCUGCCGCAUCUGCUUCCAGGGGCCAGAACAGGGGGAGCUGCUGAGCCCGUGCCGCUGCGAUGGCUCCGUCAAGUGCACGCACCAGCCUUGCCUCAUCAAGUGGAUCAGCGAGCGGGGCUGCUGGAGCUGCGAGCUGUGCUACUACAAGUACCACGUAAUCGCCAUCAGCACAAAGAACCCUCUGCAGUGGCAGGCCAUCUCCCUGACAGUCAUCGAGAAGGUCCAGAUUGCAGCUGCCAUCCUGGGUUCCCUCUUCCUCAUCGCCAGCAUCUCUUGGCUCAUCUGGUCGACCUUCAGCCCCUCAGCAAAAUGGCAGCGCCAAGACCUCCUCUUCCAGAUCUGCUAUGGGAUGUAUGGAUUCAUGGACGUGGUGUGCAUAGGCCUCAUCAUCCAUGAGGGACCCUCUGUGUACCGCAUCUUCAAACGGUGGCAGGCUGUCAACCAGCAGUGGAAAGUGCUGAACUAUGACAAGGCAAAAGACCUGGAGGAGCAAAAGACAGGAGGCAGGACCAACCCCCGGACCUCCUCGUCCACCCAGGCCAAUGCCCCCACCUCAGAAGAGGAGGCUGUGGGCACCCCUGCCCCCGAGGAAGGCCCUGCCCGGGGGGCCAGCCACCCCUCAGGCCCCCUGUCCGAUCACCACUGUGCUUACACCAUCCUGCACAUCUUGAGUCACUUGAGACCUCAUGAACAGCGGACCCCACAGGGCGGCAGCCGUGAGCUGGUCAUGAGGGUCACUACGGUGUGAGCCGAGAGAUCUGCGAGGGAGCUGUGACCAAGCACGUGCAAGGGAGACAGAGCAAGAAGAGGACGGGUCGGGAAGGGCUCGCCCCGACAUGAUGCCACUGCGUCUGGGGAGCAGGUGUGCAGAGGCACCCAGGGGCCAGAGGGCGGGCGGAGAGUGGUGCACCUUGAGGGCCCUGGGGCAGGGUCGGAGCUGGAGGGAGGCUGGUGCUGUGAGCGGGUGAUUUUCAGCAAGUUGAUUCCAUUCUCCAACAAGAGGGAGGAAAACCAAGACAAACUCAACAACAAAGUGCAAUACAGACUGAGUCUAACAAAACACAAUGCACCCACCUGUGCCCCACCCCCCGUGCCAUGCAAAACACCCGGGCAAAGUGGCGG